GUAGUAUCCAAGCAACAGUUCAACAAAUGGUUAUUUGGCGGAUAGAGUUUACAAACCGACUUUCUUAACAACAUCUUGUCUGGUAAAAUGUUUAUGCAUUAUAACAUUACUCUUAUUGCACAUACUUAAUAUGUUUUAGUGCAGUUUAUGAAAAAAACGAAAAAAUGGCUGCUACAGCGGCAUUGGAGAAUUUCCAUAAUUCAAUAAGAACUCUGGCGCAGACAAAGCGAAUAAGAGUGACAGAGUUCUUUCAAGACUUUGAUAAGCUGAGAUCAGGAUUUGUAACAGUUCCUCAGUUUUCAAGAUGCUUGUGGCAGACUCUUGGUAUUCAACUUACGCCAGAACAAGAAGAAAUCGUUCGCAGAAACUACGACAUCAAGGGAAACGGCCAGUUCAUCAACUACAAGCUGUUCUGUGAUGAGAUUGACCAGAACUUCAACGCGAAAGAUUUAAACAGGAAUCCUGAGUCCCAGAGGAUUGAGCCCCCAGAAUUCUUGGGCACCAUUCGCACAGUGCGCCCACUUUCUCCCGGGGCUGAAAGACGCUUGGUGCAGCUUCUCCGUCAUAUAGAGCAAUUCUACAGUUACCAUGGUGUCAAUUUGCGGACAUGCUACGAAGACUUUGAUCGACAUCAUAUGGGGGUGGUCACGGAAAGCCAGUUUUACCGCAGUUUUCCGGGUCCCCCCGAUGUCAGCGAGGCAGACAUGAACUUGUUGGUGCAGAAGUACCGAGACCCGGACCGACCGGGUUUGCUCAACUAUCUCAACCUACAUCACGACAUUGUUGCUAUAGGCAAUCAGGUUGCCAAGGAAAAAGAGCUGAUUGAGUCACCAAGCACUUAUGUGGACAUAACUAGUGUCAUGCUGACCCCUGAUCCAGAUCUAAACACUAUCUUCGACAAAAUCCGUGUAGCUGUCUUCAAGAACGGGAUCCGCACGACAGAGUUCUUCAAGGAUCAUGACAAACUGAGAAGUGGAAUCAUCACAGAGAACCAGUUUGUGUGUGGUUUAGCACUGGCUGCUGGCAAAGAGGCACAACUUUCUCGUGCUGAAAUCCAAAAAGUGGUCGAGUACUACAGGCAACCAGAUGGUCGAGUGAAGUACAAGGAAUUCUGCGAUAUCAUGGAGAAUGCAUUCACCAUCCCUGACUUGGAGAAGAAACCACUGCAGAAUGUAACCAGGCCUGUGAGAGGGGCACUGUCAAGGGGCUUGAAGCCUUUGACUGAGACCCAGGAAAGUCGACUGGAAGAAAUCCUGAGCCAGAUAUCAGACAAUGUGCGCAGACGUCGGCUGAUGAUGUACCCUUACUUCAAGGAUUAUGACAGGGGAAUUGCCUACACACGUGUUGUCACUCCUACUCAGUUUGGGAGAAUUCUUCACUUUCUGUCCCUUAAUGUGGCCCCUGAAGACCUCAAGUUGCUACUGCAGAAGUUUGAAGAUCCUGCCACUGGUGAUGUGAACUACCCGGCCUUUGUACAGGCUGUUGAUAAAGAGUUUGUUGGGCACACUAUGGACGAUGCAGACCUGAGUCAGAAAGGUCGCACCAACACGCCAGUGAAGGAACGUGAGACCACAGCGGCUGAUAGCAAUGUCAGCUAUGAGGAUUUGAUGGCCAGGAUUCGCUCCAUUGUUCUCACUAACAGGCUGAGGGUAGCUGAGUACUUUGAAGAUUAUGAUCCCCUUCGCAGCGGCUCAAUCAGCAAGUCUCAGUUCCGGCGUGGCAUGAGCCUCCUGGGCUUCAGCAAACUGGGUCAGCAUGAUUUCUCAGAGGGCCACUACAAGCUCUUGUGCGAUGUCUACCAGAACCCCCAGAAACACGACCAAGUGCUGUGGACAAAGUUUUUGUGGGAUGUUGAGACAGUUUUCACACAGCCAAAUCUUGAGAAGGAUCCAGACACCAAGGUGCCUCCCCAGGAAAUCUUCCGCGUCCCGAAGCCCGGCACAGUUGACUGGGGGUACGCGUCCACAGACCACAAGGACCUGUUUAAUGCUACCAUGGACAGACUUCAGCAGAGGUCUGAACAACGACGAGUCCUGGCUAAACCAGUGUUCCAAGACUUUGACAAGCAUAACAAUGGUCACGUGACUAAGUCCCAGUUCCGUCAAUGCCUGACGAUGUUGGAGCUCCACUGCACGGAGCCUGAAAUGAUCGCACUUGAGGCGAAGUUCUGUAACGACACAGGAUUCAACUACCUGACGUUCCUGUCAGAGCUGCAGCCGGUCGAGCCACCACAGUUCAUGUAUGUGAGCCGUCUAGAGGACAUUAGAACGGCCAAUCAGAGAAAGACACUGCCGGAGCUGAAUGCUGCCAAAGAUCUGGAGAAUGUGCUCCUGAAGAUUAAAACAAAGGUGGCCCGAGAGCGUAUUCGUGUCCUUGAGUUCAUGAGAGAUUACGACAAGCUGCGAUCUGGCCGCAUGCUGAAGACUUCAUUCCGUAGAGCUCUGGACUUGUGUCGGUUUGAGCUGAGGCAGUCUGAGAUGUCCAUUUUGGAAGACAGGUACCAGUCAAACACUGACCCGGAAUAUGUUGAGUACCUAAAAUUCUGCGAUGAGUGUGAAUCAAUCUUCACAUCAAAGGAGCUAGAGAAGCGCCCCCUGGAGGACGUCGUGCAGUUUAAACCGCCCGAGGAGUGGGAGAGGAACAAGCUGCCUACCGACCAGCUCACUAGGUUCAAGGCUUGCAUGGACAGACUCAGUGAAAAGGUCCGCAAGCACCAGAUGCAGUUAUUCCCGUUGUUUGAAGACUAUGAUCGUGUCCACAAUGGCACAGUGUCAAGGUCGCAGUUUAGACGGGUGCUCACUGAACUGGAACUUGGCAGCCUUGUGAGUCAGCAGGAUUUUGAGUUGCUAUGGCAACAAUUUGACGUGAAGAUUGGAGGCAAAGAUGACGUCAACUACAUUGCAUUCUGUGAUAUGAUUUACAAGCUGGCAAAUUUUGAGGCGAGAAAACCUUGAAAAGUUUAGGCUUCAGUUUGGUACCUUUUAAUUACAAAAAAUUGGAGAAAACAAAGACUACUUUAAAAAAUGUCAAUUUUGAAUAAAAUGCAUUACAUUUAUGUUUGUUUUUACAUUUUUUGCAUUUCUAUUGAAUAAAGCGUUACGAUUUUCGCAGUGAUUUUUUGUUUGUUUCUUGGCAUUUGUUUGUCACACAUAUUUAGGAUGGAGUGAAUGCGAAACUGUUAUGUUUGCAAGUAUUACAUAUUUUUGGAUUUAGAGUGAACUGCUAUUUAUAACUUUUGGUUAUAUAAAUAUUGUACUACAGUAUAUAUUAACCGUCAGUUUUUAUCAUUCAGAAGUGUUUUAACACUCCUUUAAUUAAACUUGUAUUAAUUUGUUUACUCUUUAUAUAUGUCGACUUAAUUGCAAGCAUUACAAUGAUUUUGUGUACAAAGGACCAAGACAUGAUGUUAUCAUCUUAUGUUAAUUCUUGCUUUGAAUAUUGUGGUAGUCCUUUUACUCCAUACAUUAUCAUGUCAUAGUAUUGUAACUCUGUGAUAUUUCCUGUUAAGAAGUUUAAAUCAAAAAGAGCUUGUUUAUAUUUUAUGUUUUACAGUUAAUUUAGUAUUGUAUUCACAAAUGUACAGAUUCGUACAAUAGAAUCUGCUUUUGUUGAGCAUGUUUGUAUUAAGCAAUCAAUCAAAUAUAUCCAAAGUAUUAUGUGUGAUGCCGUAUAUGCAUUAGAUAUUUACAUUUAAAUGGUAUGUUAAUUCAACUUAUUUUUUGCUGAAUAUACACAUAUUUAAAUGCAUUAAUGUGCAUUAGUAUUAAAUGGUUACUUGGUUACCAAAGCUGAUUGCCAAACCAUGUUUUGUUAACAUUAUUUUUCAGAACUUGAUCUUGCAAAAUUGUGAUUGUUAAUCCAUCCAUUUUAAACUAUUUUUAAUAUUGAAGGAAUAUUAUAAACGUUGUUUUUUUCGGCCCAUGCUGAAAUUUUGUCAUACUUAUUUGACAAAAUGUUAUCAAACUUUAAAAACACUUCAUAAAUGAUGGAAAUCUAUUCAUACGAACAGUUUGCAUAGCUUCUACUUGCGACUUUAUACCAUUUUGGCCAUAUUUUCUUACAUAAAUGACACUUUCUGCAAAACCGUUUUGACCGGAACCAGAUGAUAGGUGUAUUGUGGGUUAUUUUUGUUUGACUAACCUUAACAAAUGUGGGUAAUGAUAUCCAAUGCGACUUGCAAUUGUAUACAAUGGGAUAACCACUUUGUAUAACAUAUCCACAAAAGGAUAGAUUUAACUAAAGGUCAUCUUUUGGAUUGGCUAAAGUUAUCCAUAUUUAUAAUAUUUAUACAAUUUGCUGCUGAGUUAUAUUGUUAUAGAAUAGAAACAUUGAGCAAGAUGAUACAUUUAUAUAGAUAAAUAAAUUGAUUUUAUAUUUGGCACAAAUUCAGUAUUACUCGAUGUUAUGCCAAAAGUAUUAAAAUGUUCAGCAUGGAAUAAAGAAUAGUUAAAAGUUUGUCUAUUGAAAAAUAUAUGUCUACACUUUUAAUAUUUAAAUAGAUAUUUAUGUAUAGUUUGUUUCAUAUUGUAUAGCUUUUUCUCUUAUGUGCAUGUUCCCAGUAUUAGCAGAUAUUUUGCUAACAUAUGUCAGUGUAAGGAAUAAACAAGGUAUAUUAUAAGCAACUUUUUUUUACCUGAAUAGUAUUUAUUUGCAGUAAAACUGUAUUGAUGCACCCAUAUUCAAUAUUAAGAUUACAUGAAAACCUUUAUAUAAAAGAUAAUAAAUAUAUCGUUGUAAUCGGAAAAUAGCUAAAAGCUUUGACUUUCUUAGUCAUGUAAUUGUUGACUUUAUAUUAAAAUCUAGUGUUAUGGCAUUAUACAAUUUACUGUAACGUAUUAUUGGUGUUGUUACGAUAACAUACUUGCAAUUGUGCUUUGGAACUAGUUUUUAAAAAUAUGCUCAUAAAAUUCUAUUGUUACAAUAUUUUUUAGUAUAAUAUGCAAUUUGUGAUAUCUUGGAUGUGCACAUUUCUGUAUGAAUUCCAUUUGUUGUCAUUCUAAAAUCAUUUUCUUCUGUUUUCUGGAUAAUAAAUAUAUGUGUUGAAAAUAAACUAAGAUAUAGCGAAA